GAGUGAAAAAUGCAAGGGUUUUAGUUUUCUUCCUCCCAACUCAUAAACCCUUCCGUUUUCCAUUUUAUUUUACUCCACGCAGAUCUUGAGUCUUCCAACGAUGAGAACUUUUCUCCGAAAGAACCUUUUGUUUUUCACUUAUUCCCAUUGUUCAUCAUCGCAACCUCGCACGCUUCUUUUUCGGUUUCAACUUUGCGAAUUCUCAUCUUCUCCAACUCCGUACUCUCACUGGAAGCGUCUCGACGAAGAGUCACGCAAUGUUAGGGUUUCGGUGUGGUGGGAUUUCGAGAACUGCAACGUGCCUGCAGGCGUUAACGUUACCAAAGUUGCACCUGCAAUAACCGACGCCGUUAGAGCUAACGGAAUUAAAGGUCCCCUUCAUAUUACGGCUUUUGGCGAUGUUUUGCAGCUUUCUAGGGCUAAUCAAGAAGCACUUGCUUUCACUGGGAUUCAUCUCACUCACAUUCCCAACGGUGGAAAGAACAGUGCUGAUAGAUCUCUUCUUGUUGAUCUUUUGUAUUGGGUUUCCCAAAAUCCUCCACCUGCACAUCUCUUUCUGAUAUCUGGUGAUAGAGACUUUGCUGGCAUAUUACACCGGUUAAGAAUGAAUAACUACAACAUCUUGCUUGCAAUUCCAGGUAAGGCUCCUGAUGUUCUCCGCAGUGCUGCAACUAUAAUGUGGCAGUGGCCUUCAUUGCUCAAGGGAGAAGAUCUUACUGGAAAACAUUUCAAUCACCCUCCUGAUGGUCCGUUUGGUUCUUGGUAUGGAAACUCGAAAGUGCCUCUUGAAGACCCCUUCUCAUCUGCUGAUCAGUCUACAUCUUCAUCAAAUGUGGAGAUCCACGAGCCUUCUCCCGGUGGAAUUCCAAAAUCAUUUAUGAGGCGAGUUAGGCAUAUAUUGAGUUCACAUCCAAAUGGCAUAGCCAUUUCAGAUCUUCGCACAGAGUUGACAAAAUGUGAUGUGUCUUUAGGUAAAAGCAUGUUUGGAUAUAAAAGCUUUUCCCGCUUACUAUUAUCAAUACCACAUGUACAACUCAAGCAUUUAGGACAUGGUAGUUUUUGUGUGCAUUUGGUCACCUCAGAGCCCCCUGAAGCCUUUGAGAGAAGUACCGCACCAUCAUCGGCAUCUGCUGUUGAGAAUGACGAGAGUGGCUAUACAAUAACUCCAAAGCUACACAACGAGGGCAAAAACAUUGACAGGGAUGCACAUAGGACUCCCUUAAUCUCCUCAUUGCAUGAAAAGACCGAUCGUGAUGAUUCAAAAUCAUUAAAAUCUAUCCCUUCACAAGGAAAACCUAUCAAGGAAUUUGUGUCACAUAAAUCAUCUGUGGGUGGUGAGAAGGUUGUAGAUGUGGCUAAUGCACAAUUGUCGGAGAGUCAACUCUCACCAAAUGAAAAUGAUGUUUCCAAAAAUGAGAUGGGUUCCUUUGAAAUGGGAUCUAAAAUGUUGUCUGAUGAUGACAUUGUUAGAUCUGAGGAUGUAAGUCCCAAAGCUCUUGAAAAAAAAAACCCUUCAGGCAAGCCCUCUGCUGGUACUGAUUACACAAUCUUGGAAAACAAUGAUAUCACAAAUUGUGAAUCUGGAAAAUCUACAGCAAAGAGCAUACUUGAGAUUCAAUCUAGAAAGGAGGUUGAUGAAGUUUGUCAUAGUCCAGAUUCUUCCGCAGCUGAUGACUCUCUGGUUGAGAAAAGACCUGAUGGUUGUGCUGAAACUCACAGCAAAAGACCAACUUUCUUUAGCUGGAUUAGAAGUUGGUGGCCGUUUUCAAAAAGCAAUGCAAAGGCUGCUGAAACUCAUCAGAACAAUGUGACUAGUAAUUUUGAGGAUUCCAAAUCAUCUGAACUGGACCAGACUGCUAGUCAACUUGAAGAGCUCAAGCCAUCAGAACCACGCCACAACGUCAGUCAUUCUGGAAAGCCUGAGUUGUUUUCUAGUGGUUCCUUUUGGAAUGACAUGGAAUCUUUUGUUUUCACCCCCAAAGGAUCAUUUCUUAUUUCCCAGUCUAAAAGCAGGGAGGAUUUGGCUCAUAAAUUACAGCAGCAUGGACCCAUGGAUCUUAAAUCCCUCACUGAAAAUUAUAUCUUUCAAUUGGUGGAAUUGUUAAUAGCUGAGAAAAAAUGGUUGAACGAAAGCCCCUCACAAGCAUUUCCUUUCCGGCUAACUCAAUCAGUUCAGAAGAGAUCACUGUCCGGCAAGUCUAAUGGUGCUACUGGUUUGAGAUCUCUAUUUCUAAGUAGAAUCUCACAGACUAACUUGCACAAUUCGUUUGAACAUGAUGUGGAGAAACAAUGUCAGAGUAUUCAGCAAACAAGAGUUUCCAGACCUGCCACUGAAACGAAAUAUACUGAGAUGUCUAGAAAUGAUAUAUUAGUAGACUGUCAGAAACUGGUAACUGAGAUAUUGAAGCAGCACCCAGAGGGAUAUAAUAUAGGUUCUUUUCGAAAACAAUUUUUUAAUAGAUAUGGCUAUCACCUUGAUAUCAAGAAGCUUGGUUAUCAAAAGUUGGCAUACUUGAUGCAGAUAAUGCCUGGAGUUAAAUUAGAAUCUACGUAUAUUUAUCCUUCUGUGCUUGGUGUUUGUAACUCAGAAACUUCAAUCCUCAAAGCUCAAGCAACCAAUGAUAGUCAUGAAGACUUCAACUCCGAUAAUGAAUUAUCUGAUACAUCCCCAAAAGAGAAUAACAUGGAAUCUCCUUGGGAAGAAUUAGGCCCUGUUUCUGCUAAAAACACCAGUCAGAAUGAUAAGGAAUCAUACUUUAGUCAGAAAGCCAUUGAACUGGAUACACCGAAUCAUCCCAACUACGAACCCGUUAUCUCUGAUUACGAUUCUUCCGAAUCUGAAGGGGAUAGCUCUUGUGUAACUCAACCAGAAGAGCACGAGCAAGGAAAGCCAAAAUAUGAUGAGCACGACAGUUCUUUUUGGCAAGCUUUGGAUUCCUGGCAUAGCAGCAAGGAAGGAGAGACUAAUGUCAAUAAAUCCGAUAAUGUUGAUGUCAAUGGCAAUUCUCUGCUUGAUAUCUUAAGUUUAUCCCCCGAUUCAACACGGGGUACCAUUUCCAAAAAUAGUUUAAGAACCUUUAGAGAAAAGCAAACACCUCAAAAGUAUUCAUUUGUUGCUGACUCGGACUUACCUGACAAGGACAAGUUGAUUGGUGGGAUAUUAGAUGGGUUCAAGAAAAUAGAUGACUCGAAGAUACAAAACUGAAGAUUUCUUGGUGUAAACACGACAAGGGUUCUCCUAGAAUUUCAUUGUAGUAAAGUUACGGAUUCUCAUCACUCAAUUACGGACAUAAAUCAUUUAUAGUGUUCAAUAAUGUUAGUCUUCAAUAUCAUUCUCCAAUAUCAUUUAUAGUGUUUUUGAUAAUAUUUUUUUAGUGUUUUUGAUAUAAUCAAUAUCACCCUAGUUAUAUCAUUUA